AUGCACGAGGCCGUCUUCAAUGAAGGACAAAACGGCUACAACGUCAACACGCCUCCGUUGGCGGGCUCGGACGACGAGUCCGGCCUCAGCCCCUCCCCACCCAUGCUGCGAUACCUGUCCAGCUAUGAAGAAGAGGAGGUCAAGGAGUACAUGCCCAACGUGUACUUUUGCGGUACGGAUCAGUGCAAGAAGAUCAACGCAGUCCGCGGCGCUGACAACAACGACGGCUUUGACGAUGAGAACUUCCACUACCGCGUCGUCGUCGGUGACCACCUGCUGUACCGCUACGAGGUGCUGAAGGUGCUAGGCCAGGGCACGUUUGGCAUUGUAGUGCGUGCCUUAGAUCACAAGCUCCACACCCUGGUAGCCAUCAAAAUAAUCAAGAACAAGCGGAACUACACCAAGCAGGCGCAGGAGGAGAUAAAGACUCUAGAAUUGCUCAACAGAGACGAUCAGGAAGACGAGGCAAACAUUGUACAGCUGCUCGACUCGAGCGUGUUCCGCAACCACUACCUGCUCGUGUUUGAGUUGCUUCCAUCGGACCUCUACGCACUGAUACAGGCGAACAAGUUCCGGCCCAUGUCCCGCGACUUCAUCUACGAAUUAUCGGAGCAGCUGCUGACGGCGCUUGUGCAUGUCCGCAAGCACAACAUCGUGCACUGUGAUUUGAAGCCGGAGAACAUCAUGCUCAGCGAGGGUGGCGGCUCCUCCAGCGAGCCCACAGACUUCUCGCUGAAGCUGAUCGACUUCGGCUCGGCCUGCGAGGAAUGUCGUCCGCUCUUCACCUACAUCCAGUCUCGCUACUACCGCGCCCCGGAGAUCGUGCUGGGCAUCGCGUACACGGCGGCCAUCGACAUGUGGAGCUUCGGCUGUGUCUUGUGCGAGCUCGCAAACGGCUACCCCAUCUUCCCCGCCAGCUCGGAGGGCGAGCUGCUGGAGCGAAUUGUCGAGUACUUCGGCCCAAUUCCGCCCUACUUGGUCCGCCAAGGUCGCCGCUCCGAACGAUUUUUCGAAGGUGACCAGAUGAAGUACAAUCUCGGCAAGAAGCGUCUGCCACACCCGCCCAACAGUCGGUCUCUGCACAACUUUCUCAAGGUGGGUCACAGCAACGAGGAUAGGCUCUUUGAGGAUUUUAUCGUCAGCUGCUUGCAACUGGACGCAAAGGAGCGACUGACGCCUGAGGCUGCUCUAGAGCACCCCUGGAUGGAGCAAUGGCGGUCCUGUAGCACAGGUAGCGCCCUGUCGGAGCUAUCUUCAUCUUCUAGCUCGGAGAGCUGA